AAUUUGAAGAACACCUUUCUUUUUUUCCAGUAUGAAAUCAUGGAGACUCUUGUGAGGAACAGUACCGAACACAACCCAUCGUUGCUAUCCACGUGUUUUUCAAGUUCAGCUUUCACAAAUACCUUUCAAGAAAUGGCCAAAUAUUAUUUUGGUCAAGGUGGAAAACUGUUUCGACCAACGAUAUGCCUGCUCAUGGCGCGGGCAUGCAAUCAAAUUGAACCAAAGUCAUUAUUGAUAGAUUCAGGACGUGAAACAGUGACAACGAAUCAGUUCAAAAUUGCGAUAAUCUCAGAAAUGAUUCAUACCGCUUCGCUGGUGCAUGACGAUGUGAUUGACGAAGCUGGCAUGAGGCGCGGAAAUCCAACCGUGAACGCACUUUGGGGUAAUAAAAUGGGGGAAUUCAUGCAAAUGAAUGAGGAAGCGGAACUUAGUGCCUCGCAACGGUUCAGUCGAUAUAUGGCUAAAACUUACUCCAAAACUGCUUCCCUUUUCGCCAAUAGCUGCAAGUCAGCUGCUAUGCUUUCAGAUGUUUCGGAAGUUAACGAACUAUCUGCUUAUGAAUAUGGAAAAUCACUAGGCAUUGCUUUUCAAAUGAUUGAUGAUUUGCUCGAUUUUGUUUCCACGUCAUCUGUUACGGGGAAACCGACCGCAAACGACCUUAAGCUAGGGCUUGCAACAGCUCCAGUUUUGUAUGCCGCAGAAGAGUAUCCGGAACUGAACAGCUUAAUAACCCGACGAUUUUCGAAAGAAGGCGAUGUGGAAUUGGCCUGGGAAAUGGUUGGUAACAGCAGAGGACUGGAAAGGACACGAGCCGCAGCUCGAGAGCAUGCUCAACAUGCUGUCAAAAUGGUAUGUGUGCUUAAAUUUAAAGUCUCACUUAGAUAUUUCCGUAAAUUCUGGUCAGAUUUUUGA